AUGGAGCUGCAGCACAACACCAAUUACAAUCAAGCCUUGUGGAAAGAGAUACCGUGGGAGUUCACUGAAGACUGCUCACUCUCUGUUAGUGGCACCACCUUCCUCAUCAUUGCAUACAGCACCGUGAUGGCUGUGGGCCUCAUUGGGAACUCUUGUCUGGUGUUUGUCAUCAUGCGGCACAAGGAGAUGCAAAACGUUACCAACAUCUUCAUUGUCAACCUGUCCUGCUCGGACAUCUUAAUGUGCAUUAUCUGUCUGCCAGUCACAAUCAUCUACACGCUGAUGGACCGAUGGAUCCUUGGAGAGACGCUGUGUAAGUUCACACCCUUCAUCCAGUGCAUUUCUGUUACUGUCUCCAUCUUCUCCCUCGUCCUCAUUGCCAUGGAGCGCUACCAGCUCAUCGUCCACCCGACUGGAUGGAAGCCUUUGGUACGACAGUCCUAUUUGGCAGUUGCUGUCACCUGGAUCAUGGCGUGUCUAAUCUCUAUGCCUUUCCUCAAGUACAGCGUGCUUGUGUUGCCUUUCCAGAACCUGAGCCUCCCACUCCCAGUCACCGACCACUUUGUGUGUAUGGAGAUGUGGCCGUCUAUUCAGAAGCGGCGUGCUUACACCACCUCCCUGCUCGUCUUCCAGUACUUCCUCCCCCUCGUCCUGAUCAUGGUCUGCUACCUGCACAUCUACCUGCGUCUGAGGAGGAGGAAGGACAUGGUGGAGCGUGGCAGGAACGCUUCCCAACACAAGAACAAGGGCUCCACGAGGAUCAACGUCAUGCUAAUCGCCAUCGUGGUAGCAUUUGCCAACUCCUGGCUCCCUCUAAACGUCUUCAACACUGUGUUUGACUGGAACCACGAGGCCAUCCCAUCCUGUGGCCACGACAUCAUCUUCUCAUUCUGCCAUCUCACAGCCAUGACCUCCACCUGUGUUAACCCUAUCAUCUACGGCUUCCUCAACAGUAACUUCCAGAAGCAGCUCAAGUCCACCAUGUUGCGCUGUCGCUGCUGGAGGGCAGCAGAUAGGUACGAGAGCGUCCCGCUCUCCACUGUGAGCACUGAAGUCACCAAGGGGUCAGUCCUAAGUAAUGGGUCGGUCACGGUCAAUUCAUAA